AUGCGUGGUCAAGGGUAUGAUGAUGCUAACAAUAUGUGUGGCGAAUGGAUUGGACUUCAAGCUUUAUUUCUUAAAGAUUGCCCAUAUGCAUAUUAUGUACAUUGCUUUGCACAUCAUCUGCAAUUGGCCUUAAUUGCUGCAACAAAAGAUGAGCCUACUGUUUGGCAAUUUUUUUCUCACUUGAGUUGUAUUGUCAAUCUUGUUGCUUCUUCUCCAAAUCGCCUUGCAUCUUGUGUAGUUGUUGAAAGUCUCAAGAAGAGUACAAAUCAACAAAUUUGCGGGCAAGCUAAUGGUAUUUACAAAAAAACUCAAGACAUCUUAAAUGCGAUGAAAUUAGUCUCCACAACAAAAGCUCUACUUCAAAAACUUAGACAAGAUGAUUGGGAUAUUUUUCUUGCAAAUGUGGUGUCAUUUUGCAAUCGACAUAACAUUGCAGUGCAUGAUAUGAGUUCUCCUUAUAAAGAAGUUUCUACACCGACUAUGGCAAGAGCAUUUUCGGGUAUGAAGCAUGUUAAAACUACCAUUCGUAAUUCAAUAGGGGAUGAGUUUCUUGCCGAUUGCCUGUCUCUCUACCUUGAACGAGACCUUACUUUGAAAAUUGAUUUAGAUUCUGUAAUUGAUGAAUUCAAAUCUUUAAAGACUCAUCGAGCACAACUUUGUUAG